AAUGAAAUUUCACAACUGCAUCGCCAACAUGCUUAACAUACUACUUGCGUCGCUGCCAGUGCUGGCCCAAGCUACAUAUAUCGACCCAUCACUACUACAACAAAGGCCGCUGUUGGACUCUAAGCCAGCCUCUGCACGUGUCAUCCCACUUACACUGAACAAGAACCUCCAUUACAAAUUCCCUGACACACCCCUACUCCCAAGUCGCACCCACCUUGAACAUCUCCAAAACCCCUCCAUCAUCCACGCCACAGGCAAUGAUCACUCUACUAUAACCAUCAAUAUCCCACUCGAUGCAUCCAUACCUGGAUCCGUCACAUUUAACAACCCCGUAUCAAAACCAUGGCCACAGUCUACAAGCCACUUUGUCUGGUUCGAGCAAGAUGAGUGGAACACGCUGGGCGAUCACAUACCCCUCCUGGACAUUGGAGCUCGAAGAGGCGGCAUGAUUAGCACGGAAGCAGAGUCAGCGAGACUAGAUCUAAGUAGGCCGUAUAUCCAUGUGCCAAAGGGUCUCUGGGACGUCCUUGUGUUGGCUACAAAACCUGAAGAGAGCGGACGACAUGGCGAGGAGUUGAUGGUGGAUUGCGCGACACAGAGUAUCUUCCCCGAUCUAGUGUUUGGACUUGAUGGCGAGAAGGAGAUGCGGGAAAAAGACGAGGAAGUGGUGGAUGAGUUGAUUGUCACACCGGCGCAGUAUGUUCUCCAGACUGAAGAGGGGAGCCUCAGCCCAGGUGGGCUUGGUUUUGCGCAGCCAGUGAUUGGUAUCAGAAAGUACUGUGCUGCGACUCGUGCUCUUGUUAUUUCUCUUAAAGCAACAGGUAAAGGCAACGGCAAGAUAACCGACUUAACAAGUAUAGAGAAGCGUACGCUUAACAAGAUAUACGCCUAA